AUGUCUGCAGCCUCUGAUGCCCAUGGUGAGCGAGAUCGAGAGGCUGAGAAGUUCUCGUCAUUGGCACCGCUGGGCGCCUCGAAGAAUGCCUGCUGGCUUCACACACGGCAAAUACAAAGGAAGUACUGUGAGAUAGCUUCAGGAAUUGCGACUUACUUGUGGUAG